GUACCGACCUCGCAUCAAACCGGCCUUUUCUAUUUACCACCAAAAAAAAAAAAAAAUCUCGCCAACAGAAAAUGACCGACGCAUCACGCUGGAAGGCCACCCUUUACGUCGGCGGCCUACCCGCCGCGGCGACAGAGGCGAGCCUGCACGAUGCAUUCAUCCCCUUUGGCGAAAUAGCCGACGUGAAGAUGCCCAAGAAUGACAACCCAAAAUCGGCAGAGACGCACCGGGGCUUUGCAUAUGUCGAGUAUGAGGAUGCAGAUGAUGCAAAAGAAGCCAUGGACAACAUGGACCAGUCAGAGUUCUUCGGUAGAAUUAUCAAAGUCCAUGCUGCAAAGCCACCAAAGAGUGCUAAUGAGGGACUGGGCAGCAAGACGGCUGUCUGGGAGCAGGAGGGAUGGCUUGCGAAAAAUGCCGUCAGUGAGGAGGACAGGUUGGCUGGGGAUCAGUCAGUCAUGGCAACGGAAUCUGCUCCUCCAGCAGAAGAUCCGAUGCAAGGACUUGAAGGAUUAGAUGUUGCCGGGCCUAGACCUGAAUGAAAAGAAUUUUAGGCUGUGGCGGUCGACUGUUGUAAUUUGCAUAGCAUCGGCGUUGGAUGGCGUUCAGGGUAUCACGUGUUUGGAUCAUCCAGAAGAGGCUUAGAAGCCAUGAUGGGGACAUCAACAACAAAGUGUUUGAGAGUCGGGAA